CCGAACAUUCUCAAGAUAAACGCAAAUGAUCGUUUGACAUUUGUCGAAUUAACGCGAAUUUUUUUUUUGAGUAUUCCAUAUAAAAUUGCGGAAAAUGUCGAAUGUGUUCUGGGAGAGUUUGGUGAAGUUAUUGCCAAUAAUUCUAUUAUUUAUUUUAAAAAAUGGUGAAUGUUCUGUGAGUAGCAGUGAGUACAUGAAGCGUGAGCAUUCAUUGAUACGUCCAUUUCAAGGUAUUGGCAUAAAUUUGCCAUAUUGGGAUUUCUUAGGUCACACUAUGGUGACUAGUAACUACAUAAGACUGACGCCGGAUUUACAGUCUAAAAGCGGUGCACUUUGGAAUUACUCGCCCGUAAUGACACGUAAUUGGGAGUUGCAUGUAACAUUCAAAGUACACGGUAAAGGCACUGAACUGUUUGGAGAUGGUUUUGCCAUUUGGUACACCAAAGAACGUAUGCAAGCAGGGCCUGUUUUUGGUAGCAAAGAUUAUUUCUCAGGCUUAGCGGUGAUUUUAGAUACGUACAGCAAUCACAAUGGUCCACAUAAUCAUCAACAUCCCUACCUCAGUGCUAUGAUUAACAAUGGCACCUGGACCUAUGAUCAUGAUCGCGAUGGCACACACACUCAACUGGCGGGUUGUGAAGUGCGUUUCCGCAAUGUGGACUAUGACACACACGUCAGCAUACGUUAUGAAAAUGAUAUACUCUCCAUUUCUACGGAUAUAGAGAAUAAAGGCGAGUGGAAGAAUUGUUUUGUGGUGAACGAUGUUGAAUUACCAACCGGCUAUUUCCUUGGUCUAUCGGCGACAACUGGCGAUCUCUCAGACAGCCACGAUAUACUUGGCGUCAAAUUUUACGAUCUGGAUAUAAAUGUUUCGCCGGAAGAAAUUGCAUCGCGUUCCAGUAUUGUACCGCGCGCGAAAACAUAUGAACCGCCACGCGAACACAAAGAAGAUCCCAAACCGGGUAUGUCGAAUGCAAAGAUUUUCUUCAUACUCUUAUUCGGCAUGUUGGUCACAAUCGCCGGUGCCAUUUUUGCAAUCUCCUAUUUCAAAGAGAAAAAUUCAAGGAAACGUUUCUACUAAAACACAUUACACACACACACAUACCAACUAUCUACUUCCACACCACUGAGCAGACAUCAAGACUUCUUUCCUUAGCAAAUAGUUUAAAAUGAAAGUUUAAUCUAACAUCGAUAAAUUCAAAUAAGCAACAAACAUGUUUGUUGCAACGAAACUAAAUAAUUUAUUAUGUAUUUAAAUUAAAAAAAAAAAAAUAAAAAUCUUCUGUAUUGUAACUUAUUGCUGCUGGGUAAAUAACUGCAAGGCAAUUUUGUUUUAAACAAAGCAAAGAGUCAAGCCAUGCAGUUAAUUUAUUAGGGUAAUUGUUUUUUUUUUUUUUAACUAUUUUUAUAAUUUUUUUUGCUGCACAAUAUGCAGUUAUUCCAACGAUUAUUUAUGAUUUUUUUUCUCGAUAUACAUAUACAAUUAGCAUGAAAUAUAUUAUGUAAUUGUAAAUAAAAUGUAGAAAUGUACAAAAAUAA